AGCUAAACGUAUCCGAAUGGUUGCCUACUUGCUGCUCAGUCACAUUCAUUCAUGAGACCGAUCGUGGAGCAGUUCGCGAAUUGGAGGGUCGAAACCUUGCAUUAUGUAAACACCAGGCACUCGGUGAAAUACUUCGCACAACUCCCCUGCCUGUUUUCAACGUGUGCUACCGUUAUUUUAGUGUAAAAAGUGUUUGUUUUUUAGCGCAAAUGUAUGAAGGUGCUAUUGCUUCCCAAUGAUGUGCUAUUGAUAAGGUAGAAGUGCAAACGGGGCUAGGAUUGUACGUCCCGAGUGGUGCAUAAUAUCAACCAGCCACUAUCUAACGGUACCGAAGGUUUCCCAGUGCGGUACAACGGUACUCUUAUGUUAGUGAUGAAACGUAUCUCAAACCGGAUGGUUUUGGGGAUGCAGCAUCAGUGAGUGAAACGCCCAACCGAACUGCCUGUCUCGGUACAGUCUUCCAAGACGUAGACGACGAACCCGCGUUCCGUGUGGGACCAGCGUGAACCAUCUACUUAAGGUUAAUUCACUACUUGCGACAAACGAAUGGGUCCUACUACGAGCCCCAGCCACGUUCAGUAAUACUUUCACCGUCAACGUCUCGUGGAGUUACAUCUCGUGCUCAGCUCUUUUAUGAUCGCAGGCGACCUGCUUUUACACGCGGUACGCUUUGGCCAGCAGUCGCUAACAACCAUUACCCGGUGACCUAAGACUGCUCCAAUAUACAUGUGCCAUUACACAACCCUUAAACUGCCCCGGUGGUGCGAAACACGUUCACCAGCGUAAGGAUAUGUACCUUUCGGCUUAAGUUUGGUCAAAGGUUGAUUGGCGACGAAUUUAACGAAGAAUUAUUAAAGCAAAAGCAAAUAUUAGGAAACGCCUAGUAAGAAAACGUGUGUUUCAAGACGUCCCAAAUUGUGCAAUAAUCAGAAAUAAUCGCAACAUGAGUGCCGAUCAAGAACGAGCGAAUAAAACGAUCCGUGUCGGAUCGCGGAAAAGUGAGCUGGCUCUCACACAAACGAAGUAUGUAAUCUCUCUGCUCCAGAAGCUCAAUCCGGAUGUGGUGUAUGAAAUUCAUACAAUGACAACGGUUGGUGAUCGAGUGCUGAACAAAUCACUGCCAAAAAUCGGCGAAAAGUCCCUCUUCACGAAGGACCUUGAGGAUGCGUUGCGGACAGGUGGCGUUGACUUUGUAGUACACUCGCUGAAGGAUUUGCCUACUUCACUGCCGUUGGGUAUGGCGAUCGGGGCCGUACUGGAGCGCGAAGAUGCACGGGAUGCACUGGUGCUGAACGAACGUCACCGUGGCUGCACGUUAGCCACGCUGCCCCAUGGUUCGAUCGUCGGCACAUCGUCUCUCAGACGAUCGGCACAACUGGCCCGUUACUACACCCAUCUGUCGGUGUGCGAUAUUCGGGGGAACUUAAACACCCGGCUGGCAAAGCUCGAUGCCGAUACAUCCAAGUUUGCGGGUAUCAUUCUCGCCCAGGCCGGUCUCGUGCGGAUGGGUUGGAACAAACGUAUCGAUCAGAUAAUUGAACCGCACGAAAUUUUGUACGCGGUCGGGCAGGGAGCACUUGCCGUCGAGUGCCGAUCGAACGAUGACUACAUACUGACUAUGCUGGGGAAGUUGUGUCAUCUGGAGACGCAAUGCAGGAUACUGACGGAGAGAAGCUUUCUGAAGACACUCGGCGGGGGAUGUAGCGCUCCGGUAGCGGUACGGACGGAUCUGAAACGUCGCUGGAGAAAUGGUGGUGCGGAUAGGGACCAGCAAGAACCGGGACGAAAGCGUGCCUCGCAGGACGGUGUGGAAGAUGAUGAUGAAACAUUCCAGCUAGUGGUAGAGGGUGCUGUCUGGAGUUUGGACGGGAAAACUGAAAUUCGAACUAAUGGCGAUUGCACUCUUGAACUGGCCGAAAGUCGACCGAAUUUCGAGGACGAAAAUGUUAUUCCGGGUGUGGAAGACGGCGAUGAUGCCAAGCAUCGUGCGAAAAAGCGUAGACAGGCGAGCUUGUCCAGUCCGGUAGAAGGAGACCGUGAAAGUACGAUCGAGUCCGAUCAUCAACAGCGCAAGAAGAGUCCGGAAAUCAUUCGUGAUAACGAAAUUCUGAUACCCGGUUGCUCCAAAGCCGGAGGAGCUCGUAUGGAUCUGACCAAGUUCAUCGACAUUCAUGGCGAAUUGUUUAAGAAGUGUCCUUAUUCGUCCGAGCUAACGAAAAUGGUAACGGGAACGAAAGGAUCGGAUCGCAAUGGUAAUGAGCCGAAGGAUGCCACGUUUAAUAUUGGCAAAAUUGGAAAUGAUGACGUUAAAAGUACGACCGGAACGGAACCCCUAUGUCCAAGCGCACGCUUUCCCGUCGGCCAAGAAGUGAUGGGUGAUUGUCCGUUUGUUAGUACUGAAGAGAAGGUGGAUUUAGGGGGAAGCAUUGCCGUUGGUUUGGUAUGUCCGGUUACCGGUAACAAACAGCAGGAACAUGACAAAAAUGGAGACACCCAAAAUGGGGCCAAUGGGAAGAACCCGGUUCCAAAGGAUGCUGGUGUACAACCGUUGGCCGAUAAAUGUCCGUUCCUGGCUUCGGCUAAGGUGCUUGACUACAACGAAAAUCUUGACCAGCGUCAGAUUGUCGAACCGAAGCUAAUGGACGACAGUGAACAUCUGUUCUGCGGGAUGCACCGGCAUGCGUACAUCCAGCGUGAAGUGUUCGAACGGUGCGAGAAGUUGGGUUACGAUCUUGCCCAUAACCUGAUCGCGAAAGGUGCACUCGCGGUCAUGAAGUGCGCCCAGAACGAGAUCCACUCGAAGCUAACUUAAGCGAUGAGCCGUGUUUUGCAAGUUCCUGUGUAGCGUAAAGACAACCGCAUAGCAUAACUAGUAAAAUGUUGAUUUUGUUUCUCUUUUUUCAUAUACGUUUUUUUUCCUGUUAUCUAGCGUACUCGUCGAGCACGGGAGUACGAUGUCACCCCAAGGGAUCAAUGUUUUGUGUAAACGGUGCGAAACAAAUUGUUUUUGAAAUAUAAAUGUUAGACUAU